AAAGAUCAUUAGGAAUUAAAUCUCCUAGAUCAAACAAAUUGUCAACAAAAUCAUCAUCAAAAAGAAGAAGGAUUGAUUCUUUUGACGAUGAUUAUAAACCUUUACCUUUAUUAUCAAUGACGGUUACAUCAAGUGACACAUCAUCUAGUGAAAGCAGCGAAGAAGAAGAAGGUGACAAUGAUACUUUUCCAUCAUUACAAGUCUGUGAUGACAAUGAUUUAACAUCAACAAUAGAAUUGCAGUUUGAUGAUAAUAUAAUUGAGGAUUUAAAAACGUUAUCUUUAGUUUCAGAUAAUUCUAAGGUCACAAUGACCUCACGAAAAAUUGCGAAGCCUAAAUCAAAAAAACAAGACGCUGCAUCAGAUGAAGAUCUAAAGAAACCGACAACCGAAAAGAAAAAUGAAAAAUCUAAGUUAGAAGUAGCUCAACCUGAAAAUCUUGAAGGCAAAGAAAAGGGUAAAGAAGUUCUACGGACUAUUCCAAAAAAAAUUGAAGGAGGAAAGGGCUAUCAAAAAAUCUCAAAUAUAAAUGGUAUAUCUGAAGCACCAAGAGCAGGUUUUAUUGGUAGUCAAGCGUUUAAUUACCUUGACAUACUUGAUAAUCAAGCAUUUAAGGUGCGUCAUCAAAAAGGAAUUUCAAAGAAGGUUCGAGAAGCAAACCUGAGUGGUGGUUUAAAUAGUUUGCUAUCCAGUGGAUUUAAACCGACCAGUAUGCUUGGCUAAAAAUUAUCGUUUAGUAAUAUAAAAAAAGAGUGGGAUAGUAGACGUAAAAAAAAAGUAUUUAUUUAAAAAGUAUGUGUAAAAAUAGGAUUAAUUAUAUGGCCACUGUAUCAAUAAAUUAAUUCGAUUGGAAAAAAAUUAUUGAUUUCUUAAAAAAAAAAAAUAAUAACAAAAAAGGAUAAGAUUAGUAGACGCAAAAAAAAGUAUUUAUUCAAAAAGUAUGUAAAAAAUAAGAUUAAAAAAAUUACGAUAGUGUAUCAAUAAUAAAUAUUAAUUCGAUUCAAUUUUUUUCAAAUUGGUAUCUUAAAAAAAA